AUUGUCAUUGUCGCCAUUGUCGAUCCAGCGGCCGACGCGCGGGCCGCACAGAUUCGCGCCACGAUUUUAUCGAUAACACUAAUUCGCUCAAUCGAUCGCUUUGUAAUCGUAUUACGAUAUAUGAAUAAAUAAUAGUUUGUUUUUUAAUUUUGGAACAGUGAUUGUUGCGAGUGAAGUGCCGUCGGGACUUGAUUUUGAGAACUGAGUAUUGAAAAGGUCUCACCGUGGAGCUGGAUUUACAUCAACGUGCCAGCGGUCACUUCAUGAGUGCCGCUGGUGCGAUGUGCGACCGUACUGGUUUUGGGACGUCCAUGGGCCACUUCCCCAUGGGCCCCAUGUCUGCGAUGGGGGCCAUCGGCAGCAUGGGUUCCAUCUCAGCCAUGAACGGCCAAAGCCAACCAAAGAAAUCCCCAGAAGAACACAUCAAGCGGCCUAUGAACGCUUUUAUGGUCUGGUCAAGGCUGCAAAGGCGGAAGAUAGCGCAAGACAACCCAAAGAUGCACAAUUCUGAGAUUUCGAAGAGAUUAGGUGCAGAAUGGAAACUGCUCACGGAAGACGAGAAGCGGCCGUUCAUUGACGAAGCCAAGAGGCUUCGUGCCAUGCACAUGAAGGAGCACCCAGACUACAAAUACAGACCAAGGAGAAAACCGAAGACCCUCAGAAAGGAGGGGUAUCCAUACUCCAUACCCUACCCUAGUGUGCCCAUGGAUGCUUUAAGAGCUGGUAUGGCAGGAGGUGGGAUGGGCCAAGCGAUGGGCGGGUACUACGGGGCCGCAUACGGCCCGCUCGGAGCUAGCAUGGCGGCAGCGGCGGCGGCUGCAGCUCAACAGAAUGCCAUAUCUGCUGCUUUGACAUCGCCUAAUGCCCAGGUUGGCUCUUCAAUGGACAUGUCAAAAUACUCCAUCGAGGCGGAAAAAUACCGCAGUUACGGCAUGUACACCGAUCCUUCUCGAGGCUACCUUGAUUCUGCUGCUCUGUCUAAAGCUUACAUGUACAUGGACCAACAGCAACAAAGGUCUUAUCCAAUGGACAUCAGCAAAAUGUACUCUGAAGCUUCAGCGGCUGCUAUGGCUGGUCUGAGCUCAGCUGUGAACUCAGCGCCUUCUAGUCUCUCACCGCGAUCUCCAGCAGACUCUCCUGAUGUGACCGCGAAGAACCAAGACCGCACUGAAGGCAGUUCUUCAUCAGGAUCGAAUCCUUCACCUUCCUUGCCGUAUUAUCAAGGUUCUUCAAGUAUUCUGAUGCCCCAAUACCCCGGGCAGUACGCGCAGAAUCCUCAAGGUAAUUCUGAAUUUAGGAGACCACUCACAGUCAUAUUUUGACCUGAGUAGGUUUUUUGUUGAUUUUGUUGGCCUGGAUGUUUUGGUUUUGAAAUUAUUGAGGCUAGAGCGUUUUCAGAAACUGUUUUCGCUUGUUCGCUCGAAACAGUUUGUUUUUAGCCAUUUUUCAAUUUGCCAAUUUGGCAUUCCUUUUUUAUUGAUUUUCAAUUGUUUCUGAAAUUUCAGAAACGAUUUUUGUUACUUUUAUUUAAUAGAAGAGCUUUGCCGUAUUGUGCGGAUGUUUCGUGGUUUUCCCAAAGUUCCUCUUUGAUUUUCCUCUCGUAGACUUAAAGUAGGUGUAUUGUAAUGAAAACUAAACAUUCCAAUUUAUACAAUAUAAAUUCUUGUAAAUAUAAGAUUGUAAAUAUUAAAGAUAUCUAUUUCGUAAAUUAUAGUACAAGUAAGUACUGAUUCAAAGUUACUGUUUUUAUAAAACAAGAAAACAAACACUUAUAUUUGUGUAACUUUCACAUCUUUGUUUAGUUCAUAACAUAACAGAACAUAACAUACAAAAAUAAGAAUAAAAAUACACACUCAACAUGUUUGUUUUGUUCAUAUAAAAAUAAAAAAUCUGAUUGAAAAAUCUAUAAUAAUUUAAUUAUUCGUUUUGUUUUCACAGUAACUUUGAAUCACGGGAUUUAAAAAAGUCCAAACUAAUUACAACGAUGUUAUCUUAUUAAAAUUUCGAAUCUCUGUAAAUAUUAAUUAAGUUUAUUUUUUCAAUAAGUAUCGACUCAGAAGCUGUGUCAAUGUGUAAAUUAUUAAAAAUAUUGUUUU